CCCUAAAGCACAAAACUCAGCCUUCUCUACUCAUUUUUCAAUCGCCUCUUCAAUUUAUCGAUAAAGAAAAGAUGAGUUCCGGCGCCGGCAGUGGAACAACCAAAGGCGGCAGAGGAAAGCCAAAGGCUACAAAGUCCGUUUCUCGAUCGUCUAAAGCUGGUCUUCAGUUUCCCGUUGGAAGAAUCGCUAGAUUCCUUAAAGCCGGAAAAUACGCUGAACGUGUUGGUGCCGGUGCUCCUGUUUAUCUCUCCGCCGUGCUCGAGUACCUCGCUGCUGAGACACUUCUCCCAUCAAAGGUUGGAAAGAACAAAGGCGAAAUCGGAUCCGCGUCUCAAGAGUUUUGAUUCUUUUUAGUUUUACUCUCUUUGUUGAAUGAAUUUUUAGCUUGUAA